AUGUCACUAGCAACAGCAGCUAAUUCAGUCUCUACACCAACGACCUUGUACAAGAGAAAGCUCGAUGAGAUGAUGGAGGUGUCAUCUGACAUCUCAUCGACCAGCUCUCCACAGUCUAGCUCGUCGUAUCUCGACUCUACAUCGAGCAACAUCGAUGUAUCUCUGUCGUCGGUACUCCCAAAUAUCUUUAAUGACUUUCCCUACUUGGUCGACGGAUCAACCAACAACAUGUUUGCUCAUCCAACAACAUCCUAUCAACAACCAAACAACAACAAUAACAAUCAUAAUAAUAUCAAUAAUAAUAAUAAUAUCAACAAUAAUGGUGGAUACCAAACAUUUGGUACAGGUAAUGUAGAUAAUGGAGGAUUCCAACCAUUUGCUACACAUAUUGAACCAUACUCACAACCUCAAAAUGGUUACUUUCCUCCAACACAAGAUACCUACAAUCAAGUCCAACAACAACAACCACAACAACAACAACAACAAAUUUUAAUGCCAUUGACAUCAUCACCAUCAAAUGACCCUUCAUCACCAGACUCUACCAACAACAUCCCUCAUCCACCUCCACUCCCACCAACUACCCUCUUUAACACGUACAACUUUGGCCACAAGUUUGGUCAAACUGACUUUUUGCCCUUCUCCACUCUCAUCCAGACUCAUCCACCACUUGGUAAUUUAAAAGUGGAUCACGAAAAGUACGACAUUAUCAAAAAGAAAGAGGCUAUUGCAUUCCUCAACUUUUACUUUAGAGUCUUGCCAUCAAACACAGAGUCAACUGUCACAAGAACAUCUGUCCUCGCUCUCUACAGUCACCGUCUUACCGAGGAACAAAGAUACCAAUCCAAAAAUAAUAUGGCUAACCUUUGUGGAGCAGUCUAUACCUUUAUUUAUGAUUCUCUUAAAAAUCAAUAUGAAGAAUCAAUGAGAGAUUUUAUUACAAAGUCUGAAGGAUCAAAUGAAAAUAAUAAUGGUAUAAAGAAACAAAAAAAGGAUAAAAAGAAAAAAUCAGAUGGUCAAAACAAUGCCAAGGAUUUAAAGAAUAACUUUUUUGCCGCUCUAAAGGUGGCCCCUUCUCUUCCAUUCCUUGCAUUCCGUCAUGUCGAAGAGUUGCCAAAUUCUGACAUUCAAUAUAUUCAACAACACCAAGACUAUCUCUACACAUCAGAAGAACUUGCUCAAUGGGAAGGUGAAUUGGUUACACAACGUACAUCAAGUACUUGUAGACCAAGAAAUACUUCAACUCUAGAUCCAAUUAGAGCAAAUACAAAUCAACAAACACAACAACAACCAUCAUCACCAAGAUCGAAUCGUAUACAUGGGUUACCUGUCAAUGUUAUUGAAACAGCUGACAGUUUCCAAAUCUAUGCUUCCAUUCCAUACUAUAGAGCCAAUUGUCUGAGAGUCACAGUCAAUCAAAUGGAAAUCAUCUUGGAGGGAACCAUUUCAAUGCCAGACACUAUAUUACUACCAAAUGGCAUCGAAAUGAAUAUUCCCAACCUCUCCAGUCACACUGGCAUCCAAAAUGAUAUCAUGGAGGGCAACUUUAACAAGGUUAUCAAAUUGUCUUCACCAAUUUCAACCACCAACUCGACAGUUGGCAAAAAGGAUGGUAUCGUUGUCAUCAUUGCUAAAAAGGAAGAGGGUCAAUCAACAGUCCACAGACUUUAA